AUGUCUCACUGCGGCGGAGGUGGCAGUGGCGAGAUACGCGAGCGGUUACCCACGGAGAACUGUAUGGCGCAUGAAGAUAAGUACUGUCUGACCUCAACGCCUCCCGGCUUGCUUCGCGUCAAAAUCAAGUCGAAAUCUGAGAUUGGCCUCGAGCUUGAGGAUCGUAUGUCGAAGGACUUCUCGCUCGAGGAAUGCAAGGAGCUUUUUGCGAGCGCGCCACUUGAUGCGGCGUACACCUUUCAGAUGCCAGAGCCAGAAAAGCCCGGGAAAUCUGCAAAGGCCACGAAGAAGAAGCCCAAGAUGACUCUGCCUGGGCAGCAUCUGGAUAUCUUCCCACCGACUAUGCCUGCCGACUGGGUCCCACCUCUGGCGGAUGAGCCAGUGGGUGACCUGCUUCCGCCAGUAUAUAUGUUCGGCUGGCGCUAUGACCCUGAAACGUUCGAUAAACGGUACCCCGGUAUGGAAGAGCGAUCUCGCUUCUUCUUUGGCAGGGUCAUCAUCGAUCGCUUCUAUGCAGAGCACAGAGGAGUUGAACCACCCGCCUUGGACGCCGACAACCUUGUCCCCGACGAAUACGUGGUGUAUAUGGGCACGAAUUUCUUGGAGGUUUCCCGUCGCUGCGCGGAGGAUCAAUACCGCGUCAAGCUUAUACAGUCAUUCGUGGGCGAGACCGAUGAGCCAAUGUGGUACCGUCGGACGCUUGACGAGCUCAAAGCCACUUUUGCUGCUGCGGAUGAAGCCGCGAAAGCAUCCGCUCGCGAGACGAGGGCGUCGGGGCAGGCCUCGAAGAACGCACCUCAAGGGCGGAAGAGUCUCAAGGACUACCCGCAGACCUUCCCCCGCCACGAACUUCCCCCACUAGCGAAACGACCAUCGGCGAAGGACACCUUCGCACCGCUCUACAGACUCGGGUGGAUGUACACCCUGCGCGAGUACGUCGAGCGCAUCAUGAAGGGCAACCCAUACGCCGAUCGGGUGACCUCGUUCGAGAAGAACGUGCAGGACCCGUUUGAAGCGAAGUAUCCCAAGAUGUGGCUCCCUAAUUUCACUCUGUGCUACGGUUCGAAUCAUGUCAUCGUGUAUAUCACGACGAAUCUCGACGAGCGGACCCGCGCUAUGGCUCAGGACCAGAAGCUGGUCGACGCCGCGAAGGAUAUUCUGGGACAGGACGAAGACCCGCCCAGGAAGCUGCGCCGAGGAGAGCGCCUCGACCUCUAUCCCGCCACCCUGCCUCGCGGCCAGCCGCCGCCCUUGACAUCCGACGUUAUUGCCGACAGCGCGUCUACGCCAACUAACCCGCCCGCGCCUCUACCCCACUUCCCGCCAACCUACUUCCUCGGCUGGCUCUACCAAGAGGACGAUUUCUACGAGCGCUUCGCCAACAAGGACGACGAGGAUGCGUGGGAUAUCUACGAGGGGUUCAAGGAGAUGGUGACGGGGCCGUCUAGGGCGAGGUAUCCGGGGAUUAGCGUGCCCAACUUCGACAUCGAGGACGAGUCGAAGGAGUGUAUCGUGUAUAUCUCGUACAACUUGGAGGAGCGUAGCCUUUUGGAAGCGCAGGAUCAAGUGCUGAUCGAUGCUGCGAAGGAUAUUCUGCAGGAGACGCGCGAGCCGAUGUGCAAAUUGGAGGCCUUCCCGAAUAUGUGGCCGCCGAUGUACGUCCUUGGUUGGUCGUAUACGCCGGAGGAGUUUGAGGCGCGCCUUGGCCCAGGCGAUCCGAUGGAAGUGUACAAGGAGCGCAUCAGGAGACCCUUUCAAGCAAAAUUUGAGGGAGCCAAUGUGUCUAGCCCAAAUCUGCACACCACCUCGGGGCCGUGCAUAGUAUCCGUUGGGUCGAACUCGUCAGUGCGCUCGCUUGGAAAGGCUAAACAGGAGAACUCGAUUGAAGCUACUAAGGCGCUGCUCGGAGAGACUGCGGAACCCGAGUGGAUUCGCAUCCCUUUGGCUGAAAUGGUCGGGUUGUUCUAGUGAGACUAUAUGCGCAGAACGAUUUGUGAUGUAAUUGUGGUAUACAAAUAAAUACAUCCACAGAGGUACUUGUACGUUGCGAGUUCCGAAGCCAAAACAUUGCGGGUAGCACUUGGUGUCUACAUUGAAGUUCGUGUCAUAUUGCCCCCACCACACCAGCGGCCGCGGAAAGAGGCACUCGGCUUAACAGAUCUCGUUCAGCGAACGAUGGGGGCUAUCUUGCGCCGCAUAUGCCCCAGAUU